GCUAUGUUUACAAACGAGUUAAACUGUCAGGAAUUACUUUCUUUCAGACAAAGUUUCUUCAUUGGAGCUGAGACCAGUCCUCACUGUGUCUCCAUCAUGGCUGAGUCCUGGAGCCUCAGUGACUCUGAGCUGUGAGGUUAAACCUUCAUCUGCAGGAUGGAGGUUCUACUGGUAUAAAGCUGUUCCUGAUCUGUCCCACAAGAGCUACAGAUAUGAGCUGCUGCCUGGUGGCGUCGCUGGGACUAUGAAGGACUCGUACAUCAUUCAUGGACAGAAACACACAGCAGGAUAUUCAUGUAGAGCUGGAAGAGGAAACCCAGAGGAUUUCACUCAUUACAGUGAACCAAAGUUUGUCUGGUCUGCAGUGCUUCGUCCAGCAGCUUCUCUCACAGCGAGUCCUGACAUGGAAAAACAUUUUACCGAUCAUAACGUCUCACUGAAGUGUGGAGGGGCCUCAACUGAGUGGAGGGUGAUGAGUUACAAAGAAAUAUACGUUUGGUCAUUCUUAUCAUUGUGCCCCACCUACCUUGGUCCAACCGGACCAUCAUGCAUCGUCAACAGUCAGUUAAAUUAUGAAGCUGUGUACUGGUGUGAGUCUGGAUCAGGAGAGUUCAGCAAUGCAGUCAACAUCACUGUACACAAACCGAAACCUGUACUGACAGUGUCUCCACCAUGGCAGAGUCCUGAGGCACCUGUUACCCUGAACUGUCAGAUUGAAAAUCUGUCUGAAGGAUGGAGGAUCUACUGGUAUGAAGCUGUUCCUGAUGUGUCACCUGGGGCCUACAGAUAUGAGCUGCUGCCUGAAAGCAUCAGUGGGACGAUACAGAAGUCCUACAUGGUUCAUGGACAGAAACACACAGCAGGAUACGCAUGUCGAGCUGGAAGAGGAAACCCAGAGUAUUUCACUAAAUACAGUGAACCAAAAUUUGUCUGGUUGGCAGAUCCUCAUCCAGCAGCGUCUCUCUCAGUGAGUCCUGACAGAGAGCAACACUUCACCUCUGAGUCUGUGACUCUGAACUGUGGAGGAAACUCUACUGAGUGGAGAGUGAUGAGGUUUUCAGCAACAGGUCAUCUGAUAUAUUUAAGAAUCUGUUUGGUAAUGACUGCAUCUUUAUGUACCAUCAAUCGUACUCACUCCGAUAAAUCAGUGUACUGGUGUGAGUCUCCAUCGGGAGAGUUCAGCAAUGCAGUCAACCUCACUGUACAUGAUGAAGAUCUUCUCCUGGUGAGCCCCGUCCAUCCUGUGACUGAAGGAGCUUCUGUUACUCUGAGCUGCAGACGGAGAGGAGAAAACAAACUUUCUGAUGUGAUUUUCUAUCAUAAUGACAAACUGAUCCAAAAUGACAGCAGAGGAGAGCUGAAGAUCUCUGCAGUGUCUCAGUCACAUGAAGGUUUCUACAAGUGUGAACAUUCAGGAGAAGUUUCACCUCAGAGCUGGAUGAGAGUUAAAUUGCUGCCCAGACCUGAAAACCCAUCCUUCCCAGUGCUGCUGGUCGCUGGACUCAGUGAACUCAGUGGAAAAAUCCUAAUCAUCCUCCUGAUUCUGCUCUCCCACUGCAGAGAUUUAAAAGGUCCAUGAAGAGAAAUGUAUCAACAGAACAAGAAAGGCUUAAGAGGGGAAACAUUAAAUCAUUGCUUGGCAACAGGAAGCAGUGAACUCAACUUCUACCUGAUCAGAUGCAUCUGUAGAAUCUGCCCAACUUCUCCCACUGAAAGGUUUAUUUUAUGAUUUGUUGAUCUAUUUUAUUCUUUCUUGUAUGAACUGAUCCGUGCUGACCUUUGUAUUGUUAUAGUUUUACCAAACUUAUAACUGGACUGAACCUAAGUAGCCAUUUUCUAGUCUUAUUAAAAUGUUC